UUUCCUUUGUUCAGAGCAGUUGUGUGUUCAUGCCUUGUUCUCACAUCACAUGUGUGUGUGUCUUUUUGAGUGAGCAUGCAUGAGUCUGUGUCUAUCUGUGUGUGUGUGUAUGUGUGUGUGUGUGUGUGUGUGUGUGUGUGUGUGUGUGUGUGUGUGAUCGAGGUAAGUAUUUGGGGUGAAAGGUCACUCUCCUCCUGCAGCAGAGACGUCAGUGUGAAGGGAGACAGUGGAAUGCAGCAUGGAGGGGGGGACACGUGACUUCCCUAAAAGACAGAACAACUUUCUCGCCGAGUGUUUGUCAGAGUGGAAUGUGAAGAACGGAGACAGAGUGAAGAAAGGAUACUGACCGAAGCAACUUCUGCUCUCUGCCAGCUUCUUGAAAAGUGUCUGUGAGAAGAUUUGAAGACAUCUGAGCAGGACAGAAGCUCCCACACCAGAGAAGAAGACUGUUCAAAGAUGUUUCAAUGCUCAGUGUGAGUUGUCAGAGUGUGACGACAUCCUCACACCAACCAGAGACAGACAGAAGGACUGACGAGGGACGGAGAGCAGCUUCCUCUUUCCAAAAUUGUCUGGAAGAAGAUGUGAAGAGAGUUGAUCAGAGUCAAACAUCUCACCUGAAUUAAAGCAUGUCAACACCUCACCAUGGUCUUUUCAAGGAGUCUGAAUACAGUAUGAAAGUUUAUUGAAAUAAAUCAGACUCUUUAUAAGGUCAAAGAUGAGCUCAACUCCAGAAGUCCUCCUGGGAAUUCUGGAUGAUUUGGGACAUGAAGACUUUGAAAGGUUCCAGUGGUAUUUGUGGCAAGAUGGAGUCCUUGAAGGGUUCAAAUCAAUACCAAAGAGUAAACUGGAGAAAUUGGACAGACAAAACACAGUGGAUGAGAUGUGCCACGCCUACAGCAAUCAUGCUCUUGAAGUCACGAAGAUGGUUUUCGAGAAAAUGAAGAUGAUGGGUGUAUGGGAGAAACACUCCAAAAACAUCCCAGAACCUGGAGGGGAGGUCAGUCAUCACAAGACUCUAUGUUCAGCGAUGUCUCACAAGUGUCAGGAACAACUCAAGUCCAUUCUAAAGAAGAGGUUCCAGUGUGUGUUUGAGGGUGUGGAUGAAGUCGGAAAGCGCAGCCUCCUGAACCAGAUCUACACAGAGCUCCACAUCACAGAGGGAGGGACUGAAGAGGUCAAUCAGGAACAUGAGGUCAGACAGAUUGAAGCAGCAUCCAGGACAGCAGACAGAGCAGAAAGAAGCAUCAGACCAGGAGACAUCUUCAAAGCCCCACCUGGAAGAUCUCAACCAAUCAGAACAGUGCUGACAAAGGGAGUGGCUGGCAUUGGGAAAACAUUCCUGACACAGAAGUUCACUCUGGACUGGGCUGAAGACAAAGAAAACCAGGAUGUCAACUUCAUAUUUCCAUUUACCUUCAGAGAGCUGAAUGUGCUGAAGGAGGAGAAGUUCAGCUUGGUGGGACUUGUUCAUCACUUCUUCAGUGAAACUAAAAAGGCAGGAAUCCACAACUUUGAAGAAUUCCAGGUGAUCUUCAUCUUUGACGGUCUGGAUGAGUGUCGACUCCCACUGAACUUCCGCCGCAUUGAUUUCCUUACUGAUGCUACGGAGUCCACCUCAGUGGAUGUUCUGCUGAUAAGCCUCAUCAGGGGGAAACUGCUUCCCUCUGCUCGCCUCUGGAUCACCACACGACCUGCAGCAGCCAAUCAGAUCCCUGCUGACUGUGUGGACAUGGUGACAGAGGUCCGAGGGUUCACCGACCCCCAGAAGGAGGAGUACUUCAGGAGGAGGUUCAGAGAGGAGGAGCAGGCCAGCAGGAUCAUCUCCCACAUCAAGACCUCCCGAAGCCUCCACAUCAUGUGCCACAUCCCAGUCUUCUGCUGGAUCACUGCUACAGUUCUGGAGGAGGAGCUGAAGAGCAGAGAGGGAGGAGAGCUGCCCAAGACCCUGACUGAGAUGUACAUCCGUCACCUGGUGGUCCAGGCCAAAAUGAACAAUGUCAAGUAUGAAGAAGGACCUCCCAUAGAUGAAACCUGGAAUCCAGAGAGCAGGGAGAUGUUGGAGUCUCUGGGAAAACUGGCUUUUGAUCAGCUGCAGAAAAGAAACCUGAUCUUCUAUCCAGCUGACCUGACAGAGUGUGGCAUUGAUGUAAAAGCAGCUUCAAUGUACUCUGGACUGUUCACAAAGAUCUUUAAAAAGGAGAAAGGCACACAUCGGGGCAUUUUGUUCUGCUUCAUCCAUCUGAGCUUUCAGGAGUUCCUGGCUGCUCUUCAUGUCCAUCAGACCUUCAUCAACUCUGCAAUUAAUCUUCUGGAUGAAGAUCAACAGACCUCCUGGUGGUCAAACCUGUGGCAGCAGAAACCUGAAUUAAACCUCAACCAUGUCCAUCAGAGAGCAGUGGACGAGGCCUUGAAGAGUCCAAAUGGACACCUGGACUUGUUCCUCCGCUUCCUCCUGGGUCUUUCACUGGAGACCAAUCAGAGUCUCCUUCGAGAUCUGCUGCCACAGAGAGGAAGUAGCUCACAGACCAAUCAGGAAACAGUCCAGUACAUCAAGAAGAAGCUGAGUGAGAGUCUGUCUGCAGAGAGAAGCAUCAAUCUGUUCCACUGUCUGAAUGAACUGAAUGAUGGUUCUCUGGUGGAGGAGAUCCAACAGUCCCUGAGAUCAGGACGUCUCUCCACAGAUAGACUGUCUCCUGCUCUGUGGUCAGCUCUGGUCUUCAUCUUACUGUCAUCAGAAGAAGAUCUGAAGGAGUUUGACCUGAAGAAAUACUCUGCUUCAGAGGAGGCUCUCCUGAGGCUACUGCCAGUGGUCAAAGCCUCCAACAAAGCUCUUCUGUCAGGGUGUCUGGUCUCAGAGGAAGGCUGUGCUUCUCUGGUCUCAGCUGUGAGAUCCAAGUCCUCCCAUCUGAGAGAGCUGGACCUGAGCUACAACCAUCCAGGAGACUCAGGAGUGAAGGAGCUGUCAGCGGCAGUGGAGGAUCCACACUGCUCACUGGAGACUCUCAGGUUGAGCUGCUGUGGUCUGUCAGAGAGAAGCUGUGGAGCUCUGUCCUCAGUCCUCAGCUCUCAGUCCUCCAGUCUGACACAUCUGGACCUGAGUAACAACGACCUGCAGGAUUCAGGAGUGAAGCGUCUGUCUCUUGGACUGGAGAGUCCUCACUGUAAACUGGAAGCUCUCAGUCUGUCAGGGUGUCUGGUCUCAGAGGAAGGCUGUGCUUCUCUGGUCUCAGCUGUGAGAUCCAAGUCCUCCCAUCUGAGAGAGCUGGACCUGAGCUACAACCAUCCAGGAGACUCAGGAGUGAAGGAGCUGUCAGCGGCAGUGGAGGAUCCACACUGCUCACUGGAGACUCUCAGUCUGUCAGGGUGUCUGGUCUCAGAGGAAGGCUGUGCUUCUCUGGUCUCAGCUGUGAGAUCCAAGUCCUCCCAUCUGAGAGAACUGGACCUGAGCUACAACCAUCCAGGAGACUCAGGAGUGAAGUUGCUUUCUGCUGUAGUGGAGGAUCCUCACUGCUCACUGGAGACUCUCAGUCUGUCAGGGUGUCUGGUCUCAGAGGAAGGCUGUGCUUCUCUGGUCUCAGCUGUGAGAUCCAAGUCCUCCCAUCUGAGAGAGCUGGACCUGAGCUACAACCAUCCAGGAGACUCAGGAGUGAAGGAGCUGUCAGCGGCAGUGGAGGAUCCACACUGCUCACUGGAGACUCUCAGGUUGAGCUGCUGUGGUCUGUCAGAGAGAAGCUGUGGAGCUCUGUCCUCAGUUCUCAGCUCUCAGUCCUCCAGUCUGACACAUCUGGACCUGAGUAACAACGACCUGCAGGAUUCAGGAGUGGAGCGUCUGUCUCUUGGACUGGAGAGUCCUCACUGUAAACUGGAAGCUCUCAGUCUGUCAGGGUGUCUGGUCUCAGAGGAAGGCUGUGCUUCUCUGGUCUCAGCUGUGAGAUCCAAGUCCUCCCGUCUGAGAGAGCUGGACCUGAGCUACAACCAUCCAGGAGACUCAGGAGUGAAGGAGCUGUCAGCGGCAGUGGAGGAUCCACACUGCUCACUGGAGACUCUCAGGUAUGGACACACAACAGGAGCUCAUGGGCUUGUGUCUUGACCAAUGCCCUGUCUU